UGGGCGGGAGAGAGGGAAGGGAUCGUCGGGAACAUGUCGAGCAGGAGGAGCGUCGGCGACCCCGAGUAUUUAACCAGGCGCAUCCCUCAGAAUCCCAGAUACCAACACAUAAAAACCCGCCUCGACACAGGAAACAGCUUAACAAAAUACACUGAGAAGUUGGAAGAGAUCAGAAAAAAUUACAGGUAUAAAAAGGACGAGCUGUUUAAAAGACUGAAAGUGACUACUUUUGCCCAGUUGGUCGUCCAGGUUGCCGCUCUAUCUGAUGAAACCUUAGAAGUGACAAAUGAGGAGAUCGACAAGCUGGAAGAUGGUGAUUCUGCUACUCCAGAUGCAGAUGCUGAACUUGGUGUAGAGACAAAUGGGAACGGAAGCCCCGAUGGGACACCUAGUCUGGUCAUGUUCAUAAACAACACAGAAGCUGGGGAAUCCUAUCGGUCCACACUGCAGAGUGUGAUAAGUGGCAUUGGUGAACUGGAUAUAGAAAAGGAUGCUCCAAACAAAGCGGAUGCUCAGGCUAAAGACAUGCCUUAUCCCGACUGCCCAUUCCUGCUUUUGGAUGUACGAGACCGAGAUGCGUAUGACCAAUGUCACAUCAUUGGAGCUUAUUCCUACCCUAUUGCAACGCUGUCUAGAACCAUGAACCCAUAUACAAAGAGCAUUCUGGAAUAUAAAAAUGCACACGGAAAAAUUAUCAUUUUGUAUGACAACGACGAGAGGUUAGCCAGCCAGGCUGCGACAACCAUGUGUGAGAGGGGCUUUGAGAACUUGUUCAUGUUAUCUGGAGGCCUGAAGGUCCUUGCACAGAAGAUCCCAGAAGGACUCAUCACCGGCUCGCUCCCCGUGUCUUGCCAGGUGGCAGCUCCUGCUGGAUCUGCCCGAAAGAGGACCUCUCCCAGAGUGCCACCCCCACGUGCUGAGAAUAAAUGGAGGUUUUCUGCAGAUGAUCUACAAAAGAUAAAGUACUACCUAGAAGAGGAGCACAUCCCUUCAGACGCUGCCAGCCGUCUUAGCCGUGGUUCUUCAGGCCGCAAUUCCAAGGCGACAGCCCUGAGGAGCAGCCCCAGUCUCCCCAGUACCGCUGGCAACGUGGAAUCCCUCGCUACCCGCUCGCUCAGCAGGAGCAGCCUCCAGAACAGGCCGUGGAAAUAAGCAGCGGUGUCUUCUUCCACUGAAUAAAUGAAUGUCCAGGUUCUGGGAACCCUGAGCAGUGCAGCCGGUUUGUCGUUUUAGGAAUCUGCAGAGAAAAGCAGCGGUGGUAUAUAAAUGGCAGCUCGGGUAAGGCCGGGGAAGCUGGAACAGCUGACGUUUCAUAGAAGCAGGAACGGUAUCGCUUUGGCAAGGCUGACUUUUAGGUGCGGUGUCAGGACACAGUUAAUAUAACUGAAUCUGUAGGGGAGGGAGGAAACUGGUAGUAAAGCCUAUGACCAGUAGAAAUGGUUCUGCGAAGCUUGUAGUUCAGACGAAUGGAUUUGUGUCUGUACCAAGUCACUCCCUCCGUGCUGUGCCCGGAACCACAGACUGUACGAACAGGAGAACACACGUGAAGGGAAACGAGCCAGAAAUCAUCUGCGAGCAAAAAAACCUUGGUGUUUUGCAGCAGAGAUACAGACAUUCAGCAACUUGCCAAAAUGUUGGAGGGAGGAUUCCGUAAGGGUUUUCUUAAAAUUUAUGUUAAUAAACAGCAGUAUUUGUAAUAAAGUUAGUUUUGGAAAUAA